GGUGCGAUACCGACCCAUGGUAUUGCGAGUUCCGCCUCCGUAGCCGCUCCAGCCUCUGCUUCUUCCUUUUGCCACCCUUAGAGCUGGGUCCCCAUCGUUACCUGCACGAGGGGACAGGGAGGCAGGACCGGCAGCGGCGCGCUCCCAGAGCGCUCGUCCCGGCUGUUCCCUUCCCUCGGGCAGGUGGCUGGGGUCGGCGGGAGAAGCGAGGGGGAGGCCCUGAGCAGCGCCAUGUCGGCGGGCGGCCCGUGCUCAGCGGGGCCCGGAGGGGUCUCCGGGGGUGCCUCUUGCGCCUCAGGGGUGCCCCCCGGGGGGGUGUCGAUGUUCCGAUGGCUGGAGGUGCUGGAGAAAGAGUUUGACAAGGCCUUCGUGGACGUGGACCUGCUCCUGGGCGAGAUCGACCCGGACCAGGCGGACAUCACUUACGAGGGACGCCAGAAGAUGACCAGCCUGAGUUCCUGCUUCGCGCAGCUCUGCCACAAAGCACAGACCGUGUCCCAGAUUAACCACAAGCUCGAGGCACAGUUGGUGGAUCUGAAAUCCGAACUGACAGAGACCCAGGCUGAAAAAGUAGUAUUAGAAAAAGAAGUUCAUGAUCAGCUUUUACAACUGCACUCUGUUCAGCUUCAGCUGCAUGCCAAAACUGGCCAAAGUGUUGACUCCGGUACCAUUAAAGCAAAACUGUCUGUCCCCUCUGUGGAAGAACUGGAGAGAGAGCUUGAAGCAAACAAAAAAGAAAAAAUGAAAGAAGCUCAACUUGAAGCUGAGGUGAAGCUGUUAAGAAAGGAAAAUGAAGCCCUUCGUAGACACAUAGCAGUUCUCCAGGCAGAAGUUUAUGGGGCAAGACUGGCAGCCAAGUACUUGGAUAAAGAAUUGGCAGGAAGAGUCCAGCAGAUCCAGUUACUGGGUCGAGAUAUGAAGGGACCUGCUCAUGAUAAACUUUGGAAUCAACUAGAAGCUGAAAUCCACCUGCAUCGUCACAAAACAGUUAUUAGAGCCUGCAGAGGACGUAAUGACCUAAAACGAUCAAUGCAAGCACCACCAGGACAUGAUCAGGAUUCCUUAAAGAAAAGUCAAGGUGUUGGUCCAAUCAGAAAAGUUCUUCUCCUCAAAGAAGAUCAUGAAGGACUGGGCAUUUCAAUUACAGGUGGAAAGGAACAUGGGGUUCCAAUUCUCAUCUCCGAAAUCCAUCCUGGACAACCUGCUGAUCGUUGUGGGGGACUGCAUGUUGGAGAUGCCAUUCUGGCAGUCAAUGGGGUUAACCUGAGAGAUGCUAAGCAUAAAGAAGCUGUGACUAUUCUUUCCCAGCAGAGAGGAGAGAUUGAGUUUGAAGUAGUUUAUGUUGCUCCUGAAGUAGAUUCUGAUGAUGAAAACGUGGAGUAUGAGGAUGAGAGUGGACACCGUUAUCGUUUGUAUCUUGAUGAAUUAGAGGGAAGUGGAAAUCCUGUUGCUCAUCGGAAAAGUACAAGUGGGGACAUAAAACUGUUACAAGGCUUUAAUAAGAAGCCAGUAAUUGAUGGACAUGAAAAUGGAGACCUUGGAACCUCAAGUGAAACUCCUCUCGAUGACAGUGCAUCCAAGUUAGCUGAGUCAGCAGAAUCUUUGUCAUAAAUGGUUUAUUAAAUUGACUUUUCUGCAGGCAAUAUUGUUACUCAGACUGUUAUGGAUUUUAUAUACUAGGGGAGGUUGUGAAAAGGACUAUCUAAAAGCAAAGGGAGGCUGUUGUUUAUUGCCGAAAUAAAAGGCAGUUACCUCAGGGCUUCAUUGUGAGCAAUUCUAAAUGUUUAAAACUCUCCGUUUUCUGUGAUAAACCAUAAUUAGCAAUUGCAUGUAAAGCAAUUUUUAUUUUCUUAAAAUUGUAAGCACCAAAGCAUGUGUUUCCCAAAGGGAUAUUACUAAACUUUUAAGGUACAAAAUGAAGCAUAAUUGUUUCAUUUGUUUCCUUUUUCACUUAACAGAAGGACAGUGUUAACAGGAAUCUAAUAGGAAAUAGCCUUUAAUUACAAACGAGUAAAUUAAAUUGUUUUAAAGUAUAUCCCAGAAUGCUAUAUUGUGUUUAAAUUGCGAGAUUUUAUUCUGUUAAUAGCAUUAAAGUGGGCUUAACUUCAAAACAAAACAAAACUUUCCCACAUUUAAAUAUUUCAAAAUUGGAGGAAUGAUUUAGUUUUCUAUUUAUUACAGAUUUUGAUUCCUUAAUCAUUUCUUAGUGAUCAUCUAGGUUUAAUGAGUAUGCCUUUCAGCUUUGUUUAAUGCAGUUGAAAAGUAGUUUAAGCAAUCCUUUGUCAAUCAAUGCUGCACUAGAAAUAAUUUCUAGAGUUCUUGCACAUUAUAAUUUUUGUUUUUUAAAAGUUCAAAUAAGUGUAAAAUAUCUGUUCACAAUUAUGUUGAUGCAUGUGCAUGGCAUUGGUCAGUCCCAAGCUUCCUUCCUGGUGUCCUUGUGAGAUUAGUUUUAUACAUUUUGAGUUGUUCAUACAGUUUGUCAUGUCAUGAUAGUCCUGGUACUUAAAAGUUCAAAAUUGUUGUUGUUAACAUGAAAUACAUUGCCUUUGAAGAAUAGUUUUAAAGUAACUGAUAAUUGAUGUAAGUCUCAAGGCUCAGGGCAUACAUGAAGUAUUAGGAAAUUGGGAAGUCUUGAUACAGUAAUUGUCUUGGUUAGUUUUUCCAUGUCUGUAGCUAUUUUCCUUAUUCUCUUAUCCCAGAGCAAAACCUGUUUUGAUUGCUCUCAUUUGCUACUGUGCAAGCCACUAUACCCUAGUGAGCAACAUCAAAGCAUCAUACUUAAAGAGAUGAGUUUUGCCAACAUCCUUGUUGUUGUUGGGUUCUUUUGGGCAGGGCGGUGGGGGUUAAGUGACUUGCCCAGGGUCACACAGCUAGUAAGUGUCAAGUGUCUGAGAUCGAAUUUGAACUCAGGUCCUCCUGAAUCCAGGGCCGGUGCUCUAUCCAUUUCGCCACCUAGCUGCCCCAACAUCCUUGUUUUAAAAACCCUAUGUAGAUGGAGAAAAACCUAAACGGCCUUUAGAAUGCUAUCAGUUUAUUCAAUGCUUAAUGUUAAAAUGUUACAUGAUGCAGGACAAGGUUCCUAGCUUCUCCUAGGUGCAUUAUAUAUUUGUUUAUAGAGAAAUCUUUAAAAUGUAUAUACUUUAUUCAGUGAUUUUGCUAUUUAUAAAUCUCGUUUGUAUCUAUUGCUCAUUGAUGGGGGUUUUUCGUUGUUGCUAUUACUGUUUUGUUUUGGGGGGCAAUUUCAUUCACUCAGCUUGGCUAUUUCCAUGUUAAAUUUUUAAUAGUAGUGCGCUUCAUAUUGUAUAUUGUUACUGAUAUUAAAAUACCUUAUAGCAUAACAUUGCCUUUAAGCAAAAGCUAGUAUUUAAUAGUAGAAUUGAGUAAGCAAGCAAGGUGCAUAUCAUUGUUUGCACUAACAUCAUUUUUGGUGGGAGGGUGUGGGGAGAAUUUGCUUUUUCAUGCAUGAUGCGAGAUCUGCAGUUGGAUUUCAGUGUGUAUUCAUUUUUAUAAUGUUUCGCCGUGAGGUUUUUCAUUGUGGCAAAUCUAAAAACUAUCCCCCUAAGGCAUGGAGUAUAUUUUAUUUUUUUCUUAUUUUCCAAAAAGACAGUGACUAUGAUAAUGGUGACUAUCAUAUUUUUCAGAGAAUAUCCUUUUUAUCUGUGACUAAAACUUUUAAGUAUGUUAAGAUGAAACCUGUUGGCCAGAGAGAACUAAUUUUUAGAUUUAUGAAGAGUUAUUAUGAUCCUGAACCUGAGGUGUGUGGGAAGAUGAUGAUAAGAUUUGGAGGAUGUUGUGAAGGACUGGAAAUUCCUUCCACAGAGUUUAAUCUCCAACCUGAAACUAACAAGGUCAUUGAAAACACUACUCUUUAUUUCUUUGUCGAUAUCCCACAGCCUGCUGCUGUAUGUAGUCUUUCAAGGGCUGUUGAAUAGAGAAUUAUAGAAACAGGUAAAUGCCUGUAGGAUUGUCUCCCCUUCAUCUCUUCUCCACCUUGGUUUUGAAGCCCCAGAUUAGAGCACUGUUGCUAAAUUGUACUGUGAAUAAAUCCGUGCUUCCUACCAAUAGGUGGCCACAUAGGUGCUUUGGUAACUGUUGCAGUUCAAAAUUCACCUUGGAGGUGUAGCACUUUGAGAAUGAACUAGGAAUUACAGAGAUGAUUUCCCAGUUUCUUUCUGUUUUGUUAAUGACUGUACCUCUCAGACCCUGGUCCAAAGAGAAGUUAGAUUUAAGAAGGGUUUCCAGUAUAAAGCAGUAUUGACAUUUGCAUUUUUAUAGGAAAGAGACCACCAAUAUAUAGCAAUUAGGCCAAUUAAACAAUUGCUUCCAAGACAAAACCAGACUGUCAAGAGAAAAAGAGAAUGAUUUGAAAGGGUGUGUGGGUGGAUGUCUGUGGGGGUGGUGAAAAGGUCUAGUUUAUGACCAUAGCCUAUAUAUACAUCUAACAUCAAGACCAUUUUCUAAAGAUUCCUCAUCUGUAAUGUUUAAAAUUUAACAGAAUAUGGGAUUUUAUAUGGGACCUAUAUUAAGAAAGGUGAAAACUACUUGGUGGUGGAGGUAACCGAACAGCUGUCAAAGGAUGGAUUUCCUUGGUGGUGGUACUUUUACCACAUUGGAGAUUUUUGUGUUUGUCUUCAGAAACUCAAAGAUGUUUUCUAUACUUAUGUAUGUUAAACAUUAUUUCACAACAUUAUU